AUGGCCCGCCUCCAAACUAUGGACCUCCGCCUACGCCAUAUUCAGGAGGACCUCCCUCUUACCCUCCUCAUUAUCCUCCUUACGGAAGCCCAGCAUCUAGUUAUGCACCUGGAUACUCGCCCCCAGGCUAUUCUAACCCGUAUCCUCCACCUUCCUAUGGUGGUCCUCCCCCAGGUCUACCGGCGCAUCCUCAUAGACCACCGGGCACUUAUAAUUCACCCCCGCCACCUCAACCUCCGGGACCAUCUUCGUACUCACGCCCUUACGGACAUCCUCCGCCUCAUCAAGAUCAUGCACCGUACGCCCAUCAACCUCAUCAACCUCAUUAUCCUUCUUACCCUCCGCCUGCUUCAGCACCAUAUGGGCAUCAUGCUCCGCCGCCGUCUUACCCACCUCCGUUCCCCCCUCACAGUGCACCACCUACAUAUGGACAUCCGCCACCUCCUAGGCCUCCUAUCCCAUCUCCAGCGCCCCCUAAAGCAUGGCCAAACCGAACAUCUGGAUCACCUCCUAUGCCGCGUCAAAGUCCUGCCUCAACAUUGUCUUUGCCCGCUUCGUUACCUCCGAAGCCUUCUUUGCCCCCCAAACCUCCACAGCCUCACCAGCAUGGACAACCUAAUCGAGGCCGUCGAGACUUUCCUGAUCACUCUCGCGAUCACCGGAAUAAACAAGAAGAACCAACACCCUCGACAAGAACAGAAACCACAAGACGGGAACAGUAGACGACCUGAUCCCAAGGCAGCCAACCUCCCUAAACCCCCUCCACCUCAAAAGCAAGAACAAAAGAUCUCAUCCAUCUCACCUGCCAAGCAAAAGUCAAGUACACCUUCAGGGACACCUGAAAUAAAGAAGGCUCAAGUUGAAAGUCCUAUUAUACCUGAUUCAUCACAGAGACAAGAACCAAAACCAAAACCAAAACCAAAACCAGAACUAGAAACAAUACCAGAACCAGAGCCUGAAGCUGAACCUGAGCUAGAACCGGUACCGGUACCGGUAGAAGCGCCCGAGAAGGCUACCGAAGACGAGUGGGAAUGGGAGAAGAAGACAAUUCUCAAAGAGGCAGAACCCCAUCAUCCUCCAGAUGAAGUUGGCAAGCCGUUGCCUGCAGAAUAUAAUGAAGAGGUGCUUCUUCCUAGAAAAUGGGAUGCUCAAUGCAUCGAAUCGGUCUACGUCCAAGCUGACAAUAUCGAGGAAUAUGUCAAACCGAUACACGAAACACCGUAUUGGUCAGACGUCGAAUUCGACCCCGCGUUUGUACGGGAUGGUAAGCUUCCUAGCGGAGAUCCCGUCUCUGAGCUCCCGCCAAGGGUCAAUCAACGUGCUCGGAGUGAAAGGUCCGAAAGUGGGGAGGUUAUCGAACAACACCCCAAACGAGGUCACUCAGAUGACGAUACUCCUGUUGAACGACCAUUGAAGAGGCAAAGAUCCCGGAGCUCUUCCAAUGCGAGGCGCAGAGGAUCGCACGACGCUUAUUCGGGCUCAUAUGAUACAUACGAGCCCAAGAGACAUAAACCACGUCGCGAAAGCUCCGAAUAUCGGUCAACGAAUUUCCAUAAUGUCGAUGACCAUCGGCGAUUAGACAGGCACCAUCGGGAUCGAGAUCGAGGAAGAGAUCGCGGUCGCAGUCGCAGUCGCAGUCGCAGCCGUAGCCCCAGCCGAAGCCGUGGUCGUAACCGUAGUCGAAGUCGCACUCGAACACCAGCCUCGAGAGACUCUUCGGUGGUGUCGGCUGCAUCGUCAGGUCUGGAUUCCUUGGAAGCCGAGUUGCUAGGACGAGACUCCAAGGCCAAAACACCUGAAGAGUCCCCGAGGCGGAAAUCAUCAUUGUCAGGAUUGAAGCCCAAGCGUCGUCAGACGAAGCUCGAUUCGGCCUAUAGCUAA